AUGAUGGACCGCCCCCCGUUCUUCUGUAACAGACGCACGAGCCUACUGCAGCCAUGGCUGUCUGUCUGGCGUCUGUCUGUCUGUCUGCGCGCCCUAAAUACCCAGCAGACUCGAGCCCAUUUCACCAUCUCGGCACCAAAUUGCAAACUAAAACUUGCGCACAACAAGUAACAUUUUGCCCGAGCUGUCCCAACCGCUACCUUUGCAAUCCGUGGUCGGUGUCUCGAGAUAGCACACCGUUUGUGCAAAUAUAUAUGUCACAUGGACGCAUCCCCGGGAGGCGUCGUCAUUUUUGUUUUUCUCUGGGCAACAAACUACACGCACGCAAGAAACCACGACGCACUGCCGUGCUGCACACAUUGCUGCUGCUACUGGCAAGACACGCACUACACAGAGACAGGGAACAUGGACAAGGGGGGCGGGACACACACACAUACUGCUGUUGGCGACGGCGGAGGAAGCGGGGAACGUUUGGUUGGUCUGGGGUUCAUUCAUCGCUGAUGAUGUUGUUGCUGUUGUCUCCGUUGUUUGUUGUUGUUGUUCAACGCUGCCGGCCUUUUUUUCGCCUUUUUUUCUCUGGAGAGAGAGGGAGUCCCACCAACCAGCGUGUGUUGCACACACCACACAGCGAGAGCGGGACGGGAGCAGGGUGUGCCCUAUACUACUGCUGCUGCUAGCUUUCGGCGGAGGAAGCGAGAGGAGAGAUAUUGAUUGGGUCUCUGUGGGUCCAUCGGUUGGUUGUUGUUAUUGUGUUGCGACGCGGCGGGAGGGAGCGGCCUCUGACUCUGCUCUGGAGAGAGGCACACAUACAUCACAGCACGGGACCAGUAACACAUCACGCUCGUUCCUAGACGAUGUAGUACCACUGCUGUGCUGUGCACCUCUCUACACUCAUUGUGGGCGAGAGGGUGUGUCGCCUCUGCUGCUGCUGCUGUUGCUGUUAUCUAAAGCGGUGGCGGAAGCGUCCUGUUCAAACAAUCAGCAGCAGCAGCAGCAGCAGCACAACCCGGGGAAUUUUUCAACGUAUGUUUUUUUAAAAAUACAGUAGUCUACAUAUAUUACGACUUAGCAGACCACGCGCUGGCUCGAGGGGGGGGGUCCGAGGGGGGGUUUACCCCCCCCCGGCACUCGUAUGGUGACCCAGCAGACAACGCGUGCGGUGGACCAAGCAUACCACCCGUGUGGUGAACCCAGCAAACCACGCGCUGGCUCGAGGGGGGGGUAGUUUGACCUAGCAUAUACGACUACACGUGCGGUGGACUAGCCAAACCAUGGCCAACAAACAGCAGUAGACUGCUGUGUGACUACAUGCACAGCAGUAUAGCGUACAACGGCUCGCACGUACGACCACGCAUCAUAGGCACACACAUUCACAGGUACUGCUGAUGGAGGUGCACACGUUUGUAGCUGACAGAGCUGUGUGUGUGCAUCUCUCCCUGUGUGUGCAUCUGUAUGUAGCUGCGGCAGACAACGGGUGAGUGACGUCAACCCAGCAGAUCACGCGUAAGAGAUCCAUCUGCUGUCACCUCCAUUUGUGAGCGUACAACGAGUUCCACGACUUCCCAUGAAAGCACCUGCAGAGGAGACUUUACCUACUGUACUUUUGGUGCUGGUGCACACGUUUGUACUCACAGAAGCUGUGUGCGUAUCAAUUGCUGUGUGUGUAGCAUAGGAUCUGCAACUAACUG